CAGAGGGGCAGUGCCGGCGGAGAGUCCUCUACGCGCGGCUGCCGCGGCGCCUCCACAGCGUCUCUGACAGCCCCGGCGCCGGGACCCGCGACCCUCGCUACCUCGCGCCAGCCUCCGCGGCCUCCACCGCGGCCCGAGUCCAUCCCUCGCCUCGGCGACCACAUCCGGGGGCGGUCCGACUCGCCGUCGCCGCGGAGGCUGCAUCUGGCGCGCAUCUGGAACCACCCGGCCGGCCGCGCUGGAGCCCGCGCCCGCCCUGGCCCGGCCGCGCCGGGAGCCCUGCCCGGAGCUGGAGCCGCACCUGGAGCCGCGGGCCCGGGGCCCUGAGCCGCGCAGCCGGCGCAUGGUGAAUUCGCUGCUAUUCGGGGAGAUGGCCUUGGCCUUCGGCUGCCCGCCGAGUGGCGGCGGCGGCGGGAGCUGCCCCGGCGGGGGCGGCGGCGGCGGGGCCGGGCCAGGGCCAUCUCCGGUGACGGCGGCGCUGCGGGAUGACCUGGGCUCCAACAUCCACCUCCUGAAGGGGCUCAACGUGCGUUUCCGCUGCUUCCUGGCCAAGGUGCACGAGCUGGAGCGGCGCAACCGGCUGCUGGAGAAGCAGCUGGAGCAGCAGCAGAGUGAGCGCGAUCGGCGACUGCGCUACAAGACCUUCUCCCGCGAGCAGGCCGUGCAGACCGGGCCGGAUCUGCUGCGGCCACCCGCGCCCGGCGGCGGGCACGGCAUCGGCGCGGCGGCCGGCGCCAACGCCAACGCCGUGGCCCUGGGCGGCCUGCCUCCCGGCGGCGGCUCGCACCCGCAGCACUACGGCCGCCUGCCCGGGACCAUCUGGAGCUACACGCAGGUGCGGCGCACGGGUGGUGGCGGCGUGGAGACCGUGCAGGGCCCCGGCGUGUCUUGGGUGCACCCCGACGGCGUGGGCGUGCAGAUCGACACCAUCACGCCCGAGAUCCGCGCGCUCUACAACGUGCUGGCCAAGGUGAAACGCGAGCGCGACGAGUACAAGCGAAGAUGGGAGGAGGAGCUCGCCAAGCGCAUGAACCUGCAGACCAUGGUGGACACGCUGCAGGAGGCAGCGCAGGAGGCCGAAGCCAUCCAGGAGGAGAUGAACGAGAAGAUUGAACGUCUCAAGGCUGAGCUGGUGGUGUUUAAGGGGCUCAUGAGUGAUCCCAUGACAGACCUGGACACAAAGAUCCAAGAAAAGGCCAUGAAGGUGGACAUGGACAUCUGUCGCCGAAUCGAUAUCACGGCCAAGCUGUGCGAUGUAGCACAGCAGCGGAACUCGGAAGACGUGUCCAAGAUCUUCCAGGUGGUCCCCAAAAAGAAAGAGCGUAAGGUGGCUUCAGAUGAUGACAUCUCAGAGCAGGACGGGGAGGUGAACCGGUUUUCAGAUGACGACGUCGGCUCCAUGAACAUCACGGACGAGAUGAAACGCGUGUUUAACCAGCUGCGGGAGACCUUUGAUUUUGACGAUGACUGUGACAGCCUGACAUGGGAAGAGAAUGAAGACACGUUGCUGCUGUGGGAGGACUUCACCAACUGCAAUCCAACCAUCGACCUGCAGGGCGAGCAAGAGGAAAACCUGGGCAACUUGAUCCAUGAGACUGAAUCCUUUUUCAAGACACGAGACAAGGAAUACCAGGAAACCAUAGGCCAGAUUGAGCUGGAGCUGGCCACGGCCAAGAGCGACAUGAACCGACACUUGCACGAGUACAUGGAGAUGUGCAGCAUGAAGCGGGGCCUGGACGUGCAGAUGGAGACCUGCCGCCGGCUCAUCAAAGGCUCAGCAGACAGGAAUUCACCGUCCCCCAGCUCUGUGGCCAGCAGCGACUCAGGAAGUACAGACGAGAUCCAGGACGACUUUGAGCGGGAGGCGGAUGUGGAGCCCAUGGUCAGCUGAUGACCGAGGCUGCCUGCCUGUGCCUGGUGGUUUUGGUGAUGGGGGCCUCUGCCCUUCCCUCCCCACGGGGCCAGGAAGGCUCCUCGGAGUGGGGCUCCAGGCCUCACCACGCAGACUUCCUAUGCCCUCCCUUCUCUGGAGGCCCUGAGGGACUGCUGCUUCCUUCCGCCCUUCCUUCCGCCCACCACCAACCAGUGCCCCUUCUCCAUCCACCCACCCAAGGAAUGGUGCUGUCAAUUUCUAUUGUUCUCCACAUUACAAAUGCAGACUUCUGUCCAGACGAUGCAGUGUUAACUGUGCCUUUUCCCUUAAGCUGAGCCACUUUGAGCUCCAAAGAAUUCUUCCUAGCAGGUGUUUUUAUACAAAACUCUAAGGUGAGGGCGGGGGCCCCUGGCAUGGUACAAUGCCGUUUUCUACCCUCCCACCUGCUCCUCUGAUUGGCCAUAAGCUCUGCCCUUCCUCCUCUGCCAGAGCUGGGCUGGAGAUGGUCUCCCUCCCCCCGCAGGAAGGAGCUGUUUGCCUUUGUGACCUUUCCAGGCCUGGGUGGGGACUUCCCAAGGGUUUUGCACUUACUGAAGGGGAGAAAAGGUGGAAGGAGGGAGGGAAGACAAAUUUUUAUUUUUAUUUUUUUGGACCAAGUGGCAAAGCAGAGGGACAAGGCACUGUGGGGGAAGGUGGAACCUCACUGUGUUUAAACUACUAUGCAAAAAACAAAACAAACAAAAAAAAGCAGCUUGCCUUAUUACCAUUGUGGAAGGUAGGCCCUCUCCCAGAUUCCCGGUUUUCCCCUGGAGCUGAGAGGGAGGCCGAAGCUAGGGCCAUCUCUCUCACAGCCUCUAAGAGUGAGCACUGACUUGAGAGGGGGCUGGGGCAAGGUCGGUAGCGAGGCCUGGGUCCUGCAAGGCCCUUGGCCACCCGACUGAUUGCUUUAUUGGGACCUCUGUGGGUUGGGGAGGUCUAUUAUUACCCUGAUGACUUGAUUUUUUUUUUUUCCAGCCAACAAUAAGGGGAUAUAGACCUGUAAUUUCUCUGUGAGAAAGUCUGAAGUGGGCCAGGCCUGGUAUCCACCCCCUUCACCAUGGAGCUGGGUUGGUACCACCUGGCGCCAUCUUGGUUCUCCACUGUGCCCCAGUUGCCCACUAUUUGGCCACUGGCAGGCGUUGGAAAGGGAAGGGGAGGGAGACAGUGAGAGCUGCUGGCAGAGAAGAGAUGGUGGGAGCAGGAGCUUGAGUGAUAACCAUCCUUGUUCUGCUCAUGGACAUAAGCUCAUCUCUUUCCAUAAUUAACUGAUUAACCAUUUGGGGAGUUAAUCUGAGCCAGUAUCUCCCCAGACUUGAGUGGAGCUGAGUCAGAGGGCACUGUGUUGAGGCUACCCCCAAAUCUCAGCUUGGAGCCAGCAGAACAGGCUUUGCUUUUUAUUUUAUUUUUUUAAUUAAAAAAAAAAUUCUUUUUGGACCCACUACUGUGGGUAUGUUGGCCAACUUUUGGUUUUGUUGGCCCAGGGGCUCCCCCUGGAGGUCAAAGGAGCAAAAUGUGCCCAAGGCCCAGAACUUGGGUACUCUUGCUUGUGUCUGCAGGCACAGGAGGGGCUCUGGCCUUGAGUGGAUCAGGUCUCCUGUCUUUCCUCCCCAGGGUACCAGGGAACUGUAAGGGCCUCCUCUCUCUUCUGUUUCUCCCACCUGUUUUGCAGUCUUAAAAACAUUGUACAUAAUAUUCAUAUUAUAUAAAUAUAUAUAUAUACAUAUAUAUAUAUAUACACACACAUAUAUAUAUAUAUAUGGAGAGAGAGAAGGAGAGUGUUAGUGACUGCGUGUAAUUUUUAUUUAUCAGAACUUGGUGGCCUUUAUUGUGAGUUUACUCCUUUUUUUUUUGGUUAGGGGAAACCUCCUUGCUGGUUCCCUAUGAAAGUCUGGCUGAAGGACUUCCAUUCCCAGUAUCUCUUGUUAGCCAAACAGCCCCUCGUUAGGUACAUGGAGGGACGAUGGUUUCGGAGCAGAGACCGCCCCUUCCCCUCUUCCUCACUGACCCUUGUUCUAAAGGUUACAGGGUUCAAACAUACCUGAUUAUUAUUGUUACUGUUAUUGUUAUGUUAGUUUUAUUUUUAUUUUAACCAAAGGUUAUCAGAGCCAGGUGGCUUGGACCUCAGCUGCUGAAAAGAUUUUCCGUUUCUGGGAGGGUGAGAAACUGGCUGCACCAACCCCCCACCCGACUCCAGGGUUCCUCUGUCCAGGAUGAGGGGGGCAUUGAAUGCCGUGGGCAGGCAGGCAGAGUGGAAGCCAGCCCCAGGUUGUUCUUCAAGGUGGUGGGAGGGUGACAGACCUAUCUUUAGAGUUAAGACAGUAAGGCAACAAUAUAAGUAUUUGGGGGUAACUAAGGUGACCAUGGUGAUUGGUGGCCAGUGGUAUUAAUUUUACUUUCCCCUUUGUACACAUAGUACAUUUGUCUUUGGGGACUUGGGUACUCUGAAUUUGUCUAGGGAGUCUGGAGAUGGCAGGAGCAAGAGACAGAUGCUGGCCAGAAAGAUCCAUCCUUUCCCCUGGGGGAGCAAGGACUUGGGACAGGUGGAUGGGGGGACAGCAAAGAGUGUUAGUGACCUGCCUCCUGGGCUCGGUCCUGGGUCUUGGCCUCCCUCCCCACCAAGUUCUUUUUUGAGUUAGUUGCCAGUGGGCCCUGCUUGUCCCCUCGCCACGAGCCCACAGCUUGCCAAGAAAGACCCCAACGCUCGCUGGGGCAGCACCAGGUCCAGUUGGGACUAACUGGUCCGUCCUUUGUAAAGCUGUAAAUACUUAAUUUUGAUUUUCUAUUUCUAAGCCCAGUGUCAUAUUGACAUUGGUAUUUUAGAAUUGUUCUCAGAUGGGCUCUCCUGUGCUGCCCUCUCUCACUCUCCUGUUUUGGGGGGCAUUUAUAAAAAGAGAGGAUUGGGGAGGGGCAGAGAGAGACGCUUCCUUUGGCUCCCUGGUUGUGGAACACACACACAUACAUACUUCUCUGAGACUCAGAACAGGGGAAAAAAUGAUUGGCAAGUUAACACACUUUGUUUUCUUGUGGCAAUAUGUCUAGAAGUCUCUGCUGGGCCUGUCCGUUAUGGACUUGGCUCUGUGGAUGUAGCUCAGAUGACCUGUGGAGAAUCAAACCAUGUUGAGAUGGGGGAGAGGGUGUGGGGCAAGGGAUAAUAUAAGGUGUAACUUAAGCUAAAUGUACUCUAUUUAUAAAGCAAGAGACUCUCAUCUAUUUUUAUGAAAGGAAAGGUUUUUUAUUUUAAUCUAGGGUAGGCAGUUGUGGUAGCCCAGCAUUUUCCUGUGGACAAGAUGCAUGUUGCUGCUGGAUUUAAUAUAAUCAGUACCCCUCACCCCAUCUCCCCAGCCUCACCGCCUACUCAUCCACACCCAUGAGCAGCUUCAGCAGAGCAUAGGUCCCCCUUCACCCUGUUUCCCUGUUUCUCGAUCCCCCAGCUCCUUGGGCCUUGGAAGUCUAGGGAGGCAGACACUUGUGGGAGUGGGUGGCAGUGGGGAAUUCGGAACUGAAGUGGGUGGUGGGAGGGAAAAAUGGCACUAGGUAGGGAGGAGCUCUGCUUCCGAGGGUGGGCUCCGAUUAGUUACUCGAACUCUGAUCCACCAAGAUCCACUUCUAGGUCAGCGAUGCUUGGGAGAGAGUUGAGAAGCAGCAGAGUGUGGGUGACAAUGGUCUGUCGAUUCAGGGAGCACGCAGCUUCCUUGGGGCCUGGGCUCCAGUGGGUUCCAGGUUGUCAAGCAGCUGGAGCGGGAGUGGAAAUGCCAUGAGAUAACCUAUAGCCCAGCCCUGGCUGCUCCUACCCCAGGCCAAGGCCUGGGAUGCAGCCCUUGACGUGCUCCUCCAGGGUCCUGGAUGAGGAAAUAGGGUGCUGGGGGCCUCCUCGGACCUGGGUCCUCCAUCUUGAGAUACCGAACUCUGGUUCUAGAAGGGCACUCUCGAGUGGGGAGUCUGGAGGUGGCCGAGUGGGUAUGAGUAACAGCAGAUUCUCUCUGGAAGGAAAUUUUCCAUGGGUGGAAGAUUUCCAGGCUCAAGGUGGGCUGUGUGUUAGUCUCGGGCAAAUCCCUCACCAUUCACCGGUGCCAAGCCCUCAAAGAAAUGAGGCAAAGGCACCCCACCCCACCUCCACUCUGUCAUGGACAUUUUAGCAUCUACCUGAUUUUUAGCCCCAUCCAGGGAGAUUUCCUAGCCUGAAGUCUCAGCCCACCCCCACUGUUGCUGUUUGUCUGCCAGCUGGGUCUAGUGUCAAGGGGAAGGGGGUGGGGGGUUUAUACUCAUUGAAAGACUACUGAUCCUACCGGAAACCAACCUGUUUACUGUACUGUUGUAAAUAUCAUGCCCUUUAUAUCCUGUAUAUUGGCUUCUUUUAAAUAAAGUGAAAUGUCUUAGAA